AUGACUCCAGAGAUCAAGAAUCUCGACGGCGACAAAAGGAAUCUCGACGGCGACAAGGCCGAUGACGGCGGCGGAGCAGCAGCAGCAGCAGCACCAGGAGGAGGAGGAGCCGGCCAUGGGCAUGGCAAGGGCGCCAAGAACAAGCUGUCCCUGGUCCCGCUCAUCUUCCUCAUCUUCUUCGAGGUGGCCGGCGGGCCGUACGGCGCGGAGCCGGCGGUGCAGUCGGCGGGGCCGCUCUACGCGCUGCUCGGCUUCCUCAUCUUCCCCUUCAUCUGGGCCAUCCCGGAGGCCCUCGUCACGGCGGAGCUCUCCACCGCGAUGCCGGGGAACGGCGGCUUCGUGCUUCCCAUUUUUCGGGCGUCGGACUUUCUUUCAAUAGAAGCACUGUCACUAAAAAGAAAAAUGUAUAGAUGCACAACAAUAGGCAUGAUCGCCGGCGACUGGCUCAAGUACUGGAUCGAGGUGGGCGCGGUGCUCUCCUCCAUCGGCCUCUACUCAGCGACGCUAAGCAGUGCGGCCUUCCAGCUGCUUGGAAUGGCGGACCUGGGCCUCCUCCCUCGCGUCUUCGCCCUACGCGCCCCAAUCUUCAAUAGACCCUGGGUCAGCAUCGUGGUCACCAGCCUCAUCACCCUCGGCAUGUCCUUCUUCAGCUUCAACAACAUUGUGACCGCUGCCAACUUCCUCUACAGCCUCGGCAUGCUCCUCGAGUUUGCCACAUUCAUCUGGCUCCGGAUUAAGCGCCCCGAGAUGUCGCGCCCCUACCGGGUACCACUGCGACUCCCAGGCAUUGUUGUCCUAUGUCUCGUCCCCUCAGGGUUCCUUGUCUUCGUCAUGGCCAUCGCCGGCUGGAAGGCGUAUGCCAUCAGCGCCAUCUUCACCGCGGCAGGCCUCGGGAUCUAUUACCUCAUGAAGUUUUGUAAGGCAAGGGGGUUCCUCAAGUUUGGCACCGUCGAUGGCGAGGGUUUGAUGUACGAGCGUCACCAGGAGAGUGCAAAUGUCGGUGUCUGA